CUCCCCGGAGCCCCGCACCAUGGUGGAUGCGUUCGUGGGCACCUGGAAGCUGGUGGAAACGACCAAUUUCGAUGAGUACAUGAAGGCGUUGGGCGUGGGCUUUGCCACGCGGCAGGUGGCCGGGUUCACCAAGCCCACCACCAUCAUCGAGCUGGAUGGGGACAAGGUGACGGUGAAGACCCAGAGCACCUUCAAGAACACGGAGAUCAGCUUCAAGCUGGGCGAGGAGUUCGAUGAGACCACGGCGGACGACAGCACGUCAAGGGUUUGGGUGCUGAGUCAGCAGCAGCAGCUGUGCAAACAGCAGCCCCGGAGCGUGCUGGGUCAGCCCAUCCAAAACCCUUCCCAGGCCCUUUUGGUUCAGAUCAGAGCCCUGUCCGUGGUCACGCUGGAUGGAGGCAAACUGGUCCAUGUGCAGAAGUGGGAUGGGAAGGAGACAUCGCUGGUGCGGGAGCUGAAGGAUGGGAAGUUAAUCCUGACUCUCACCAUGGGCAACGUCGUGUCCACCCGCACCUACGAGAAGGCCACAUAGAUGCCAUCCCCAGCUCCCUGCCUGUCACCUGGUGCCACAUUCGCCCCCCCCACACACACCUCAGCCCUCGCCCCACACCGGGGUCCUGGAGCCCAUCACGCCAUGGGGCCACCCGCUGCCCCUGUCCCCAUCGCUCGGGGGCUGCUGGGGCCGGUCUCAUGGGUCAGGGCUCUUGUUUUUUAUUGAUAAUGGGAAAAAGCCACGUGAAGGAUGAAUAAAGGUCUCGUUGUUACA